AAAGAGAAAAGACGGUGGCCACGUAAUAGGAGGAAGCAACAAUGCUCAAACGGGAAAGUGCUCAAUAUUGACCACUCUCUUUUUCUCGUUUUACUUUGUCCGAGGUGAGCCUCAGAGAUAACGCGGUCCUCAAAAUUGUUGAUUGACACAGAAGUCAUGGACUCCAAUCCCCAACAGCCCGCUGCUGGUGGCUCUCCUCCUAAACCAUGGGAGCAAGCUGGAAGCUCAUCUGGUUCUGGACCCUUUAAGCCACCAUCACCGGGCAGCACCAGUGAUGUGGUUGAAGCAUCUGGAACAGCAAGACCGGGUGAAAUUGUUUCGACUACUGAUAGAACUACGGCUGUGAAUAGAAAUGCUGUUGGUAGGCCUUUACCGAGCAGACCUUGGGAGCAACAAAAUUACGGGAGCACUUAUGGAGGUUAUGGUUCUGGUUUAAACUACAACUCAGGGUAUGGUUCAGGAAUGUAUGGUUCGUAUGGUGGACUGGGGUCUUAUGGGGGUGGAUUGUAUGGUAACGGCAUGUAUAGAGGAGGUUAUGGUGGUCUAUAUGGGAACUCUGGAAUGUACGGUGGUGGAAUGUAUGGUGGUGGUCUUGGUGGCUUUGGGGGUCCAAUGGGUGGUUAUGGGGUGGGCAUGGGUCCAUACGGUGAGCAAGAUCCUAAUAAUCCAUAUGGUGCUCCAUCAUCCCCACCAGGCUUUUGGAUCUCCUUCCUCCGAGUGAUGCAAGGUGUUGUUAACUUCUUUGGGCGGAUAUCUAUUCUGAUAGACCAGAAUACACAAGCAUUCCACAUGUUUAUGUCUGCUCUUCUUCAGCUUUUUGAUCGCACAGGAUUGUUGUAUGGAGAAUUAGCUAGAUUUGUGUUAAGACUGCUGGGAAUCAAAACAAAACCCAGAAAGAUCAAUCAAGCGGGACCUGAUGGACUCCCAGCACCCCAUAAGCCUUAUGGGAAUCAAAACUAUAUUGAGGGGCCAAAGGCAGCUCCAAGUGGUGCAUGGGACAAUGUAUGGGGAGAAAAUGGUAGCAGUUAGUUUGGUAGUCAAUUUCCAUCCAAGGAUGCCAGGUAAAUUGACCGGAAAUUAAGAAAGGCUUCUUGCAGCACAGAUUAGACAAAUACAACUGCUUGCACCUGUUUGACUCACCGUGGUUGAUGAAGGCUAGGUGGUGCUCAUCCGAAGAGCGUUCGUGGCCAAAGUUCUUCUGCAUGGUUUGAAUGUCCCAAGAACUCCCAUAGUGUUAAAAGUGGAGACAUAAUAAUAGAACACUAAAUGUGCUUAUAGGCUUCGCGAUAUUAAAGAAAGGAAAAUAAGAUGCGCUUGAAUGUGAAGUCACAGUGGUUUAUUUUUCAAAAUGAAUAAGUGUUUACUGUUUUGGAUUA